AUGAAUAUCGAUGAGUGUUUAAAUAGCCCAUGUGGAUUCAAUACAAACUGCACAAACACCUUUGGUUCUUACAUGUGUAAAUGUCAAACAGGAUAUGAGGGAAAUGGAACAAAUUGUACAGAUAUUGAUGAAUGUUUGUCUAACCCAUGUGGUUUCAACGCAAACUGUACAAACACUGGUGGUUCGUACCUUUGUGAAUGUAAAACCGGGUAUGAAGGAAAUGGAACAAAUUGUACAGAUAUUAAUGAAUGUCUGACAAAUCCUUGCGAUGUUAAUGCAAAUUGCACCAAUAGCGAUGGUUCGUAUGACUGCACUUGUCAUGUGGGAUACGAAGGCAAUGGCACAAUUUGUUCAGAUGUCAAUGAAUGUGAAAUGGAUCCAUGUGGUUUUAAUUCCAACUGCACAAACACCAACGGGUCGUUUAUUUGUGAAUGCCAAACUGGAUUUGAAGGAAAUGGAACAAAUUGUACCGACAUAGAUGAAUGUCAGUCAUCCCCUUGUGGUUACAAUGCAAAUUGCACCAACAUUGAUGGUUCUUAUGACUGUGAGUGCCAGACUGGUUAUACAGGAAAUGGAACAAACUGUACAGAUAUUAAUGAAUGUCAAACAAAUCCUUGCGAUGGAAAUGCAAAUUGUACUAAUAAAGAUGGCUCGUAUGUGUGUACCUGCCACGAAGGCUAUUCUGGAAACGGCGCUAGCUGUACAGGUAAACCUUGGGAUAUAUGA